AUGACUGAAUACGGCAGGAAUUUUAGUGUUGGUGAAUAUCAGUUAAUAUGUAUAGCGAGAGCAAUUUUAAAAUCAAGUAAAAUUUUAUUGAUCGACGGAGCAACAGCAAAUGUAGAUGUAAGAACAGAUGAAUUGAUACAAAAAGUCAUACGAGAAAAAUUUAAAUGUCAUACUGUAUUAACAAUUGCACAUCGCAUAAAUACCAUAACAGAUAGUGACAAAAUUGUCGUUAUGAAGGACGGUACCAUUGUAGCAGAUACAAUAACAGAAGAAUUAUUAACCGCACAAAGCGAAUCGUCGUGUGAAAGUUAUCGUUCUUUGUUCGAUAAUAACAAAGAAUAA